UACGGAGUGUCUAAUAUCUAUGCUAACCACGGGGUGAAAUUCUUAGCCUGGGCCCUAUCAUCUCUCUACCUUAUAUGACCACUGGUUGCGAGUAAUCCGGCCAUUGAAUCAUUAUUGUGGCUAAUAUAGAGUGAUAUCAAUCAACCUCUAAUAGCAUUAAAAAAUUGCUAUAUACAAACUAUUUUUUAGUGAUAUCUUCAAUGAUGGCGUCUGAGGGCCCAGUCAAUACAGAGGAGCGAUCCCAACAGCUCUCCUUCAUGAAGAAAGCAUUAGCCAUGGGCGAAAAGGCGCUGGAAGUUGGAGAGACCCCAGUUGGGUGUGUACUAGUAUAUAACAACCAAAUAGUUGGGUCAGGAAUGAAUGAUACAAAUAGGUCAAUGAAUGGCACAAGACAUGCUGAGUUUAUCGCCAUUGAGGAGAUGCUCCGAAGUUAUCCCAAAUCAGCUUUACGAGACACAGACCUUUAUGUGACGGUUGAGCCCUGUGUGAUGUGUGCAUCGGCUCUGAGGCAGUAUCAAAUACGAAAGGUCUACUUCGGUUGCGCAAAUGAGCGAUUUGGCGGUAAUGGGAGUGUUCUCUCGUUACACUCUGACCCCGCCCUUGAUCCUCCGUAUCCUGUCCAAGAGGGAUUAUAUCAGAAAGAGGCCAUCAUGCUACUACGACGCUUUUAUAUUCAAGAGAAUGAUAAAGCGCCAAAUCCUCGACCCAAAAAGAAUAGGGAGCUGAAAACGCACAUAGAAGUUUAGGCCCAGAGGGCAGAGGAAAGCGUCUAAGGUAGUUACAUUGAGUUGGCGUUGUUGUAAGACUGGUUCGUUUUAAAUUUAUUAGGGGAGCAUGGAGUGAUUUAGACAAUAACGCGUUUUAGUAAAUGAAUUGAAGUGUUCACAAUGUAGAAAAACAAGGACGCCUGGAAGAAGAGGUGUUUGGAAAUGUUGGAUUCCUUGAAAUGUCACUGACAAUUCGCAUGACUCGGUGAUUUCUAAUGUCUGUCGCACUAUUACAGGGUGCUCGCUUUGCCUAGACGCUCGCCUUCAAGCUCUCUCUCAGCUUGCUGAUAAUACUUUGCCGUAUCCACACCGUGCUGAUCAUGGUUGACAGGAUUAAACCACGGUAGCACGUGAAUGAAGAGUUGUGAAUACCGAGAGUUUCUCGCAGCCACACCUUGAAGGUAGGAAGACAU